AUGGUCACCCGGGAAUCCCACUCGCCAGAUCCACUAGCUCUCACUGAUGACUUUGACGACAACGAGGAGAUAGGAGAAUGUAUAGUCGUAGCUCGCACUUCACCCAAAUACGCUGUCGCCUCCACUCCCAAGAAGAGGAAGGAACCUGUAGUCGAAAUCGUCACACCACGGAAGAGGAAGCAGGUAGAAGACGUAGAUACUACAGCUAAGAAGACGUCUAAGGGACCAAAGACACCUUCCGUAUCGGGAGCAAGAGCCAGUCCUACUCCUAAUGGUAAGAUCAAAUCCAGAUCAAUCGGUUCUAUAACUGGAUCAACCACCACACCUAACAAGAAAUCUACAUCUAUAUCCACACCUUCCCUCAACAAGAGCUCUACACCGAAACUCAAGGACACACCAACACUAGCAUCAAGUCUACACAAACCACUCCCUACACCCCCUUCUGCUCAAACCCAGAAUGGCUCAAGUAGAAAGAGACCUAGGAUAUCAUCGCCUGCUAAACCCGGUUCAAGUGUUGCUAAGGCGUUAACAUUCGAUGAUGAGAUAUUUGAGUCGCCCCAGUCCAAAACCAAGACUAGAGAAGAAAUAAGUAGGGAGACGUUCCUGGCCAACGAGGCAUUGAAGCGACAAAGAGAAGCUAGGAACUUCAAUUAUAAAGGUGAAGCUUCGGCUCCGAAAUUAACUAGAUCAGGUCGGGUAGUGGGUCAUGAUGUGACCCCUUCGAGAGAUAGUGAAGAACUGGAUGAAUAUGGUGGUAUCAUCUAUCAAAGGGACGAAGUGAACCCGUUAGGUAUACAAGCUCCUAUUAUACCUGAUGUGGAAAUCCGAAACGAUUUACAAGAAAAAGAAGAUCCUGAUAUAAUGAUGGUAGAUGAUGAAGAGCGAAAAUCGAAUAAACAGAUAGAACAACUACCCAAAUCAGCUCAAAUAUAUUUGAGGAAUGUACUUGCUACAUUGACUUCACAAGGUACAUCUACGAACCCACCACCAUUCGUUAAUGAGGAGAAGAACGAAGCGUUAAAUGGGAUUGUGAAUUUACUGAAAGGGACGGUGGAGAGAGGCGAAGGGAAUAGCGCAUUGGUUGUCGGUCCAAGAGGAGUAGGCAAAACGAGAACUGUUGCUCGAGCGUUAAAUCUUCUCCUGUCAACCUCAAAGACCUCUCCGAUAACUGUACGACUCUCUGGGCUGGCACAGACGAACGAUCGGCUGGCGAUUAGAGAGAUGGGUAGACAGAUUGCUCAAGCCGAGGGAAAGAAAGUGGAGAAUGAAGAAGAGGAGGUAGAGGAGGAAGGAAAUGACGAGGAAUACGCGCCUACGACUCUACCUUCGCAUUUACUUGCACUUCUUACCCAACCAUCUCCAAGGGCGAUCAUCAUUGUAAUAGAGGAAUUUGAUCUGUUCACUGAGCAUGCCAGACAGGCGUUGCUAUAUUGCUUGUUGGACGUCGUUCAGAGUAUCAAGACUGGUCCAGUGGAGAGUACAGGGAGAGGUGUAGCGGUGCUGGGUAUAACGACUCGAAUUGAUACUUUACUGUUACUUGAAAAACGAGUUAAAUCUCGAUUCUCCCAUCGUACUUUCCGUAUACCAUCUCCGAUCUCCUCUGACGGCAUAGGUUGGAACGCGCUCCUGAUGGACUCAUUGAUACCUUCUAAAGGGAAAGAGAAUGAGGAGGAUAGAUGGAAAGGGGAUUGGCAAUUCGCUAUACAGAUGUUGUUGAAAGUGGAUAGGAUAAAAAGGAAUUUAGAUAGAUUAACUGGUCUGACAACGGAUGUUAGGAAUUUAUAUAGACCAUUUAUUUUACCUGUACUUAGCGUACUUUCAUCUAAAAUCGAUUUCAUGUCCAUUCAGGAAUUAGCGGAUAGUGUGAUUUCUCAGAUCGAAGGUGCAGGAUGGGGCUUGCAACUGAACAAGUUGAAAGGAUUACCUCACCCUGCUCUGGGUGUAUUGAUCAUCACGAAACACCUCUCGUAUGCUGGUAAAGAAGAAUUCAAUUUCGCUCAAGUCGAAGAAGAGUAUUUGAGGUUUUCGAGGACGAAGUUGGUGGGAAGUGGGAAAGUGAGAUGGCCAAUUGGUGUUUUGAGGAAUGCGUUUGACCAUUUACUGAGAAUAUCGUUACUGGUACCAGCAAGUAAUGCCUCGCUGAAACCGCAAUUCCAGAAAGUCAGAUGUACACUUUCGCCACACGAGAUCGUAGGUUGGUUCAAAGGUGAGGGAGCGAAUGUGUUGGGUCCGGAAUUGGGUAAUUGGGGUAGGAUGAUGGGUGGCCAUGCGUAG